CGGGGGGCAGUGAGAGGGGGUGCUGGAGGCUCAUCAAAAAUUUGCCUUAAAAGGGUCCUGCGAUGCAGGAAUGACGCGAAACGCUGUGGCCAAUAAACAAAAACCAAGCGAAACUUGGCUGCGGAGUGGGAACAGCGUCGGACGGUGACGUGCCCCCGUGAGCCCGUGGUAUUUACCCCUGAGCGCAGAGUAGCCCAUUUCCAUCUCGCUAACGCACGGCUCUCGUUCCCAGGCUGCCCCCCACCCCCACCCCCGGCAGCCCAACUUUUUGUUUGAAGACGCGGUUUUUACGGAAAAGAGGGAUUUGAGGGGGAUUGUCCUGCGGAAUUAUUUUGUUAGUAGUGUCCAAGAGCAAAAGUGGGAGUAACUCAUAAUUAAAGAUUUUAAAAUUGUUUCUUCUUCUUUUAUAUAUAGCUGUUGGUCGGUGUCAAUUUUUUUGCUUGUUUUCUCUACAGCAGUGGUGGAGCUGAAAGUCAGGACUGAGUCAGAAGGGCAUAGACUGGGAGGGAGCACCCCUGACAUCCAUCGUCCGCCUAAACUUGGGAAUUUUGGGAACAAGCCAUUCAUUGCAGGGGUGAGAGGAAGAGUGGGUAUUUAGGGGGUGGGGGGUUUCUCCUUUUUAAAUUAAUUGUGUAAGAAGACGACACAGCUGUGGCCUGUAGUCUCUCUGCAAGAACUGUGCCCAGCAAGAGACUUUGUGUGUGUGUGUGUCAAAAUAUCUACUGGCUCUGCGCUGCGGGUGAGUCUGAACAGGAGCCAGGAAAAGGGGAAGGGCCUCGCAUCAGCCGACAAAAACAGCUGGCGGAGCACAGAGCCUGGGAGCGAAGGGCCAGAGAGCGGAGUGGAGGAGAGAGCCCGCGACAGGCACACGCCAGUCUGCCACACACACACGCACGCUCCCGGACUCUAUGGGUUGCGCCCUGUGUACGGAGUGCUGCGGGGACGAAGCGGUUGCCGUGAAGCCAGAAGGGCCACCUCAGUGGCCGUGUCCGGAACAGGUGGACAGCAGGAUGAGGCUGACCAAGGCAGUAAAGGGUGAACCUCAUUCCUUCAAGGAGAAGACCUUCAAGAAAAAGCGCCAGUGUGGAGUGUGUAGGCAGAGCAUUGACAGUCUGGGCUCCUUCUGCAGAGUGUGCAAAACGGCGACCCACAAGAAAUGCGAGUUAAAGGUGACCGGACCCUGCGUACCAGCCGCCUCCUCUGAGCUGCAGAGGAGAGGCACUGCUCCAUCCAGGAACAUCCAGCACCUGGGUUCGACCAAGUCCCUGACCUACACAAAGCAGAGAAGCACCCUUCCCAGGAGCUUCAGUGUGGACCGGGUGAUGGAGCGUGUGAUGGAGAGGCACUAUGACUUUGACCUGACCUACAUCACUGAAAGGAUCAUCUCUGUCUUCUUCCCCCCACUGCUGGAGGAGCAGCGCUACAGGGCCAACAUCAAGGAAGUGGCCUCCAUGCUCAAAUCCAAACACCAGGAUAAGUUUCUGCUCCUUAACUUGUCUGAAAGGCGCCAUGACAUAACUCGGCUCAAUACCAAGGUCCAUGAUUUCGGCUGGCCUGACCUCCACGCCCCUCCUCUGGACAAAAUCUGUGCCAUGUGCAAAGCCAUGGAGACCUGGCUGACCUCUGACCCCCAGCAUGUCGUCGUCCUGCACUGCAAGGGGAACAAAGGCAAGACAGGGGUCAUCAUUGCAGCAUACAUGCACUACAGCAAGAUCUCAGCAGGGGCUGACCAGGCACUCAGCACACUGGCCAUGAGGAAGUUCUGUGAAGACAAGGUGUCGUCUUCUCUCCAGCCAUCUCAAAACAGGUACAUCUACUACUUUGGCGGGCUUCUCUCCGGGGCCAUCAAGAUGAACAGCAGCCCCCUGUUUCUCCACCAAGUCCUCAUUCCUUCCCUACCCAAUUUCCAGUCUGGCGGAGGUUACUUCCCCUUCCUCAAGAUUUAUCAGUCCAUGCAGCUGGUCUACACCUCAGGGAUCUAUGAUCUGCAGGGCUCUGGUGCCAGGAGGCUGUGUGUGACCAUCGAACCUGCACUUCUGCUGAAGGGGGACAUCAUGGUGAAAUGCUACCACCGACAACCCCAUGGCGCGGAGCGUGACACUGUGUUCCGGCUGCAGUUCCAUACCUGCACCAUCCAUGGUGCCCAGCUGUGGUUUGGAAAGGGAGAGCUGGACGAGGCCUGCUCCGAUGAGAGGUUUCCCUCUGAUGCCACAGUGGAGUUUGUGUUCUCUUCUGGACCAGAGAAGAUCAAAGGCCGGGAGUAUCAGAGGAACGACCCUGCGAUCACCGUAGACUACAACACAGCUGAUCCUGUAGUUCGCUGGGACUCGUACGAGAACUUCAAUCAAAGGCACCAGGACAGCCUGGAAGACAUCGCCCACACCCGCGGCCCGCUGGAUGGCAGCCUGUAUGCCCAGGUGAAGAAGCGCCGGGGGCAGGGCUCCGGUUCCCUGACGUCGACCAAUGGCAGCCCCGUAGGUGUCAGCGAGGAGAAGCACAGUCACCUUCUGUCCCCCAGCUCCGACUCUGGUCAAUUGUCGGCCCCCACCAAGCGCCUGAACGAGCCCCCCCGAACCCCGCCUCCCUCUUGGCAGGAGCUGGAGGAGCUUGAUCGUCUGCUCAUAGGCAUGGAGGGGGAGCGGGAACGGGACCGAGAAACGGCAAUCCUGGAUGAUGGCGAGCUGCCACCCGGCGAGUGCACGGGGACUCUAAGGCUGGGUCGCUCCUGCUCCUGCCGCCUGGGCUACCGCUCACAGCGCUGCCCUGAGCCGAGCUGCCAGAGGCCCCUGGUGCUCUCCAACGGCUUCUGCCUGGAUCGCUCCAGCAGCAACGGUCACCGGGCCCACCCCUCAUCCACCUCGCCCUCGAACCCAGGCUCGGUUCCACCUAUGGUGGAGAUCUGCCAGCACCACGGCAGCCAUCAUCACCAGGCACUGCCUCCUCCAGACUCACUGUGGGAUCGGCCACCGGGGUCCCCACAUUACCUGCACCGGCCUUGUCCUGAGGGUCCCCCUCGACACCUGUGUCCCUAUCCAGUUCAGGACCUGCCGUCCCACUCCCACAUGCUUCCUUCAGCCAGCAGGCUGCUCUGCCGAAGCGAAGAUUAUGCCCCCUACCACCACCCACACCCCUCUUAUCCCCGGCACCACUCACAGACCUCCAGCCCCUACCGUGACAUGCUGAUGCUUGACACCUUGGCACCCCCCAGCUGCCCAUGCAGGGACUGCUGCUGCCGGAGGGAGGAGUCGGCUGCUGCGAUCAAUGCGUUCCACGCGCUGCGGCUGGAACGAGGGGAAGGGAUGCACUGGGACCGAGAGGCAGAGCUACACCGAGACCCAGGGCUGAGACGGGGCAGAGAGAUGGCACUGCACUGGGACAGGGAGGCAGAGCUUCAGUGGGAGCGAGACAGGGAAGCAGAGUUUUGGCACCGAAGAGCCACAAUGUCCCCCUAUGGUUCCCGACACUCCCCUGCAGGCCACGACCUCCAAGCAUUCACAUUUGACCCCCUACCCUCCGGUCAUCCUUCUUACCCAGAGCCUUCACGGUCCCAUACUCAUGCACACACCCACUCCCACUCUCACCCAGAUCUUAAGUACAGUAGCAGCAGCAGCGGCUACCAGACCCCUCGUCAGGCGUGCCUCUGCUCUCCCUACCAGCCCUCUCCCUCGGAGAGCCGGGGCUAUGCCUCUGGCUACCAGUCAGAGUCCACUUCUCCACUGCCCCCACCGGCCACGAGUACUGCUUUGUGCUCCCACGGUGCAGGGAGCCCUGAUGGCUCUCAUGAGCCUCGGUGCCAGCAGUGUCCCCCAGACAGACACACAGUGGACGGUCCAGGUGUGGUGGACAGGGUGGUGUGGCAUGACCGCGUGUCCCAGGGCUCCCUAAGACGAACACACCAAGAAGCCCCCAUGGCUUGCUCCACGCUGUCAGACCUCUCUGAACUGCCCACCCCAGUCCAUACUAGCAGUCCUUUGUGCACCCAGGACAGCCCGGCCAUGAGGGAGACAGACCUGCGUGUGCCAGAUGUUGACUCCGUCCCCAUUUUAGCCCCUCCACAGCACGGGCUUCCACCGGUGCUCCAGGAGCCCCGCAGUCCUGUCCCGGAACCUGAGCAGAGCCAGCCCCCUGGGAGUGUCCUGUCCCAGCCCCCCAAGUGCACCCCAGAGCCAUGCCCAGCCCCCAUCAUGCCAAUGCACACAGCACCUCAGCCCCAGAGCUACGUGACGCCCCCGCUGACAGCAGAUGUUCACCCACCUCCCUGCAGCUCCCCCAAAGAGAGUCCCAUGCUGCCAGCCCCUACCCAAAUGGCCCCCCAGAGUGAUUCAGGCUCUGGCACUGCUCUUCCACCGAGCUCUCCUGUGCCUGCCCAGGCCUCUUCCCCUGGCUCCCUGUGCCCUGGUCUAGCACAUGCAGAGAUCAGCAAAAUCUCAGUUAGCACUCAGGACAGCAGUGUUGAGACCCCCAAUCCCAGCUCCAACACCAGCUCCACUCCUGCUUCCCCCCAGCCUCCCCCUGGCAGCCCAGAGCGCUCGCCCUCCACUGAGCCCCUAGUACCAGGCUUUGCCACAAUGGGACGCAGGCUGAUGCUGGGAACAGAGCCCGCAGGGCAUCUGCAGCCAUACCCUGGCAUGGAUGGCCACAGCAGUUAUUACAAACCACCCUCUCCUGUUCCUGAGGGGCAGUGUACGCCCACGUUUCCCCUGUCUAACAGCUACUACCCGGCACUUGUUCCCUCUGUUCCGUAUACGGGCUACACGGCCGUUACCAUCGGGGGAGCCCAGCCCCCUUUGCCAGAGAAACGACGCCUGUCCGCCCUGCCAGGGUCACCUAAUGGGAGGGUCUCCACCCUAAGGGCACCAAGCAGCACCCAGUACACAGCUCACCCUACACAGCACCACGUAACCUUCUCACCCUCAGUUGGAGAUGUAGCACCCCCUAAUGGGACAGGCGACGACUCACUUUCUCUAGGUGGUGAGGUGGAGGGCCGUGUCACCGCCAAGUUCGUUCAGGACCGCUCCAGAUUCUGGUACAAACCGGGCAUAUCUAGGGACCAAGCUAUUGCAGUGCUGAAGGACAAGGAACCAGGCUCCUUCCUCAUUCGGGACAGUAACUCUUUCCAGGGGGCCUAUGGCUUAGCGCUGAAGGUGGCCACUCCUCCUCCCAAUGCCAACAACCACAGCAGCAAAGGUGACCCGCUGGAGCAGUUAGUCCGACACUUCCUGAUAGAGACGGGCCCCCGAGGGGUCAAGAUCAAGGGCAGUCAGAAUGAGCCCUACUUUGGGAGCCUGUCUGCCCUGGUGUACCAGCAUUCCAUCACCCCAAUGUCCCUGCCGUGCACCCUGCGCAUCCCUGAAAAAGACCCUGUUGGAGAGAUUCAAGAGAUACAGACCAGCAGUAACAUGAGCACAGCGGCAGACCUGCUCAAACAGGGUGCAGCCUGCAAUGUGCUGUACCUCAACUCUGUGGAGACAGAGUCCCUGACAGGACCACAGGCCAUCGCCAAAGCCACAGGGGCCACUCUGUCCCGGGACCCCCGUCCCCCUGGCACUGUGGUGCACUUCAAGGUGUCGGCCCAGGGCAUCACCCUCACUGACAGCCAGCGCAGGGUGUUUUUCAGAAGACACUACCCUGUCAACAGUGUGACCUUCAGCAGCGUGGACCCCCAGGACAGGAGGUGGUCUAACUCUGACAACACAACAUCCAAGGUAUUCGGCUUUGUGGCAAAGAAGCAGGGCAGCAUGUCCGAAAAUGUUUGCCACCUGUUUGCUGAGCUGGACCCGGAGCAGCCCGCUGUUGCCAUCGUCAACUUCAUCAACAAGGUCAUGCUGGGCUCGCACCGCAGGUAGUGGGCUGGGUCCCAGGGCCACAAAGGAUGGAUUCACUUCGGAAAGAGAUCCCUGUACAGAUGCCUUUUACCGCCUUUGUUUUUCGUGUUUGUUUUGCCAUUGUUCUCCAAGUGACCUUAUAAGAUGGCAAGAGACAAGUAAUCAGGUAACACGUAAUGCAUUUAGGACGAAGGUAACAGUAUUCCAGUGCUUUUCACUCAGACUUCAAGGGUUUAGGAAUGUGACUAGGGCUGCGAGUCUUGGGAAGGACCAAACAAGACAGCAUUUUUCAGUGUGUUAAAAUUCUGAAAGCAGUGAGGACAGGAAGUCACAUAUUUUAGCAAUGUGUCAGACCUACUCUAUGGCAUCUACAACUUUAUCUAUAGUCCAGUAUAGAUAAUUAGUUUCCAUUCAGGUCGUAGUAGUGAAUCACAAGAUGCACCAGCGGAGGAGUGUCAAAGAAGGUAGCUGUGAACGUCUGCGAGGGUACAUUUCUGAGGAGGAGGAGGAGGGCAGAGCAUUAGCACACGUGACCAAGAUGUGGGGAGUGUCACACUUUAACAGCAAGUCCCUGAGGUGAAUGAGGGUUAUGUUCCCAGGACCCUCAUAAAUGUGGGUCUUCACACAUCAUACACAAGUGAGUCAUUUCAAAAUUACUCUCAUAUAUAGUAUUCUAUUCUGUAUGGUAGUUUUCACAAAAUAGCAUCCAAUAACAAACACUUUACAGACUAAUCAAAAUUGUAAUUUAAAACAUUUAACAAUGUAUUGGUGAAUGUAUGAAUUGUAAACUUAUGUCUGUUGGUAACGGUUUAUAUAUCUUGGGGACUUCUUGUAUAUAAGACUGGGAGUCGUGAGGCCUCAGCAGUCAAGCAGGGUGUUGAGGACGAAUGCAAGGAGUCCUGCGCUGAGGUUACACGCACCUGUGACACCUCACCCCCCUCAGCCACUUCCCUGCCCUCUGCAGGCAUGGGGUGGAAGUGCAGGCGCACAGUAACAGUACAGAGCUACUGAUUGAAGACUUGUGACUGAUCUGUGUGUUUGGGUGGAGGUAAAUACCAGCAUC